AUGAUAUCCAACUCUCUACAUCCACUCUACGAUGUGUUCUUGAGCUUUAGAGGAGAAGAUACUCGUGAUACUUUUACUGCCCAUCUCUCCUAUGCUUUGACUCGAAGGGGAAUCCUCACCUACUUAGAUGAGGAUGAGCUUAGAAGAGGUGAUGAAAUUUCACCUGCACUUCUCCAAGCUAUAGAAGGUUCAAGAAUUUUCAUCAUUGUACUCUCAAAAAAUUAUGCAUCAUCCACAUGGUGCUUGGACGAGUUAUUAAAGAUUCUUGAUCAGUAUAAAAAAUCAAAGCAACAAAUGGUUCUACCCGUGUUUUACCACGUAGAUCCAUCGAAUGUACGUCAUCAAAGAGAGAGUUUUGAGGAAGCAUUGGCUAAGCAUGCUAAGAAAUUGAAUUUAGAUAUGAAGUUGCAGCUAUGGAAGGCAGCCCUUCAAGAAGUUGCCAAUUUGUCCGGAUACCAUCUCAGAAAUGGGAAUGAAUCUAAAUUCAUUGAAGGAAUCGUUCAAGACAUCUCAAGAUUUAUAGUAAAUCAUUCAUAUUUACCUGUUGCGAAGUAUCCGGUUGGCUUAGACUCCCGGGUACGGGAUAUCAUGAAUUUGCAUUUAAGUGUUGGAACAAAUGACGUACAAAUGGUAGGGAUCUUGGGACUUGGUGGAAUUGGUAAGACAACUCUAGCCAAAGCAAUUUAUAACUCGAUUGCUUUUCGAUUUGAAGCUAGUUGUUUUCUUUCAAUUGAUAGCGACACUUCCAAUCAAGUGAAUCAUUUGGUCAAAUUGCAAGAGAAACUUCUUUUAAAGAUCUCAGGAGACUGUAGAAGUUUGAAGAUUGAUAGUAUUGAUAUGGGAAUCAUUACGAUAAAGCGCAUGCUUCGUUCUAAAAGAGUUCUUCUAAUUCUUGAUGGUGUAGACCACUUGACCCAAUUAGAAAUAUUAGCUGGUGCUUGUGAUUGGUUUGGUAGAGGAAGUAGAAUCAUCAUCACAACAAGAGAUCAACACUUGUUGACUACUCAUGGAGUUGAUUCAACAUACAUGAUGACGGGAUGA